AUGAAGAGAGUGCAGCUGUCUUCACCGGAGUUUCACGGAGAACUCACGGCGAGCUGGUGGUAUCAGAUCAAUGAGUCGGUUAAAUGGCAGGACGGGAUAUUCUUCACUCUCUGCGGGGCCUACGCUCUCGUUUCCGCUGUUGCCCUCAUUCAACUAAUAAGAAUUGAACUGAGGGUACCUGAGUAUGGCUGGACUACGCAAAAGGUUUUCCACCUCUUGAACUUCCUUGUGAAUGGAGUGCGUGCUGUGGUGCUUGGAUUUCAUAAACAAGUUUUUCUUUUGCACACCAAGGCACUAACUUUGAUACUCUUGGAUCUUCCUGGGCUACUGUUUUUCUCAACAUAUACACUUCUUAUCCUCUUUUGGGCAGAGAUAUAUCACCAGGCUAGAAGUUUGCCAACUGAUAAACUGAGGAUUUUCUAUAUUUAUAUCAACAGUGCAAUAUACUUCAUUCAGGUCUGUAUCUGGGCGUACAUCUGGAUAGAUGACAACAGUGCUGUGGAAUUCGUUGGAAAGAUUUUUAUUGCAGUGGUAUCAUUUAUCGCAGCACUAGGUUUCUUGCUGUAUGGAGGAAGGUUAUUUUUAAUGCUGAGACGUUUCCCCAUCGAGUCAAAAGGAAGGAGAAAGAAACUUCAUGAGGUUGGAUUUGUGACGGCUAUAUGCUUCACUUGUUUUCUUAUAAGGUGUUUCGUGGUUGGGUUAUCUGCUUUCGACCCAGAUGCAUCUCUUGAAGUAUUGGACCAUCCAAUUUUAAAUCUUAUCUAUUACAUGCUGGUCGAGAUUCUUCCUUCAGCACUUGUGCUGUACAUCUUGCGCAAGCUGCCUCCUAAAAGAGUAUCAGCUCAAUACCAUCCCAUCCGCUAG